ACCCGAGAGAGUGGAAGUCACAAGCGCCCACGCAGAGGGUGGCAAUUCGCGUUUGACCUUCCGCCGUCCAUUGUUGCGGUCAACGCCGCUCUGCUUUCUUGUCUUCUCACCACCAUCAUCCUUCCCCUCCGCUAACAUGGCAAGCGCCACCCUCCUCCCCUCGCCGCCCUCAACGGCCCACAGACACAAGAAGCGGUCAGCGACGUCCUCUGCAGCGCCUCGUGGCCGUCCAGCUCACCCUACCUCCGCCAACAGGAAACUCUCUCGCCAACAUCUGUUGCAAUGUCUCGACAUCCUCGGCCCUCUCUCCGCCCCACUGCCCCCGACCCUCUCCCUGCCCCCAUCGUCCCAGCGAGACACCACGCCCGCCAAACGGAAACUCGACGACGAUCACGAUGCCGCAUAUACCAAGAAGCGCCGCAUCAACGACGACGCCGAUCGCUCGCAGCCGCGCUCCGCCCCAUCGGGCUCCCGCUUGCGUCCAGAGCCCUCAGAAGAGGGCGAGCUCAGAGAAGAACAGCCCGUCUUCCGCGAUUCCGUCGCUGCUCUCGCCAAUGUACCAGUCCGCCGGCCACGCCGCGGCAAGGGCUCCCUCGAGUACUACAAGGAUGUCUUCAAUAGCUACCUCGCCUCUGGCCGGCAGCUCAAGCACUCGGCCGAGAAGCGCAAGCGAUCCACCUAUCCCAAGAGCCAUAUCGACUAUACCCCACUGCGCGAUCCCCCAUCACCAGGCAGUCCGUAUCACAGACACGGCCUCCUCAUGGCCCGUCUCGAGAACCUCGAGUCGUCUCUCAACUUUGCAUACGCAUUCUGGGCCCGGGGCAUGUUCAUGGACAGGAAAGAAAGAAAUCCAAAUCCAUGGAAUCAGGUUCUCGGCGUGCUGUCCGCCAGCAAGAACGUCUGGCAGGACGAUCGCGUCAGCGACGAGCGCGAGAGCAUGUUGCGCGGCUUGAUCUACAUGAUCGAGGGCUUUGUCGUUGCCCACAAGAUUCGAUCCAAUUCCCAACAGAUUCACAACGAGAACGAGUGGAUGAUGAAGCGGCUCCAGAUCGAGGCAGACACCGAGCAGCUCAAGGCUGCUAGAGCCGCCGCGCUCAAGGCUGCAGAGAUACGCAGGAUGAAUCCCCCGGUACAACUCCCUUCUCCCAUCAGCAGCGCGGGCUCGACGCCGGCUAGUGAAGGCACGCCGAACGCUGACGACACGAGCGCUUGCAACGCCUCCGCACCGAUAUCCGCAACCGCCGGCGCCUCGCGAACACCAGUAGCCCAGCCGCCCCCUCCAAAGGAGCUGGAGCUACCGCCGCCGCAUAUCACGAUCAAGGUCAACGCGGCCACCGUCCAACCCCGUCGCGAACAGAGCCACAACAUCGUCGUUGCCACCAACGCGAUGGAGAAGGCCGAGCGGUACAUUACCCUUCCAGCGAUGGCGAAGCACUUUCCCAGGACGUUUGCGCGCAUGAUGUAUUCUAGCCUCGCACCGUCCGAGGAGUAUGAGCCCGACAUCGAGGACGAGGAGGGCGAGCUCUUCUGGCCAGGGCAGUGCGCCACCGGCGAGGGCAUCGCAUGGGUGUGCACGAUGGGCAAGGCGAUGAUCCAAGAGUUCAGCAAGGCAUACGGCUACAAGGGCAUUGACGGUGCGAUCCCCGACGACGUUUCCGCUGAUGGUGUACCAACAUCAACUUCGACGCCCGAUGUAUCGCUGCAGAGGUAGUUUGUGCGGUUCGUUCACUGCGGUCUGUCCCACCUCGUUCGCGUUGCAUAUGCGGCGUUCCGACCUUGCCUUCCUGUUCUUGGAAUUCUCUCUGCUCGGACUCCGCUCGUUCUCCUUGUCGUCGGCCCUCGUUCUCGGUCUUUGGCUCUCGCUUAUCGCGUUACUACGUCGCUGACGUUGUUGCCGUCGCUCUCGCCUUCUCGCUUCGCCGAGGUCCCAUUUCCAGUGCCAUCUCAACUGGUUACUCCGCAGCUUCUUAG